AUGUGUCACCACGGGCUUGCUCUUAUUAGGAGGCGAUGGAAUUUGACGUUUGCAGCCGGAAGGCAUCGCAGAAAGCCACACACAUCCUACUAUGUCUGGUCGGCUUGUGCUGCAUGCGGUCUUUACGGCCCUGGGGCUCUCACCUUUGCAGUCCUCUCAGGCUUGCAACUUCUGGAGGACUUCCCGAAGGCUUGCUUGACCUUGGUUGAUGUGUCAGAAGCUCUUGUGGCAGACUUGAAGGUGCAGCAUGUCACAGACACGCGUGUGUCCUGUGUGGUCGGUGACUGCCGCAAUACAGAGGCUCUGGCUGCACUGUGCGGCAAGACAACUCUCGUCCUAGACAAGGGCACGGUCGACGCGCUGCACCACUCCUCAGAGAAGGUACAGAUGCUGAAGGCAGCUGCAUCACUUCUCCAGCCGGACGGGAUAAUCCUGUCAAUAUCCUUCGCGACGGCCACACAGGUGCUUCUUUUGCGGAGAUUUGCUGAAGACCUUGGCCUGAGACUGCUUCAGCGGAUCGUCAAAGUUCGCAGUGAGGUCCGCUUGGUUUCACUUCUGGGAGUGUGGGAUGCUUCUGCUGCCGAUGCCGGUGAUGAGAAGAACUGGUCUUGGAAGUUCGGCUCGCCCUUCGCUGCCUUCUCUGGAUGGACUUUGAGCGCACCUUUGGUCGCGGAGUGCUUCGGCACGCUGUGCCUCGUCUUCACAGUAGGCUGCCUGGUGACAGGACCUGCGCCACGGGCAUGGGUGCCCACAUCCAUUGCCUUCGUACUGAUGGUCAUGAUCUACGCGACGGGCGCCAUCUCCGGGGGAAAUCUGAACCCGGCGGUGUCACUGUCCUUGGCGAUGUGCGGGAAACUGCCCUGGAACAAAAUGCUGAGCUAUUGGAUGGUGCAGCUGCUCGGAGGCUUCAUUGGUUCGGCUCUCUUCCGCCUGGUCUGCUCCCCGGGAUAUGUCGUAGUCGCACCUAUCAAACCCUUCGGAGCCGGCUCAUGCUUUUCCGCAGAGCUUAUCUACACCGCCUUCUUGUGCUUCACAGUACUCAGCUGUGCCGCAUCCCGCCGAAACAAUCCGAAGGAGGACCCUAACCAGUUCUACGCUUUGGCCAUCGGCUUCACGAUCAUUGCCGGUGGCCACGCUGUAGGAGGUGUGUCUGGUGCAGCCCUCAACCCGGCCGUGGCACUGAGCUUGGGAUCCACGAGUGGCAAAGAGCUUCAUUGGCCUUGGCUUUGGUCCACCGCUGAACUCUUGGGAGGUGUGGUCGCUGCAGGACUCUUUCGUCUUCUCCGCCGGGAGGAGUUUGCAGAAGAUGCCACGGAUGAGGGCCUUGCAAAGCACGAAGCCGGGCUUGGCACGCGAUGUGGGGCAGAGCUGCUUGGAGCCUUCGUGCUAACCCUGACAGUGGGCUUGAACUUGGUGGCCAAGUCUCCUGCCACCGCCUUCUCCGCCGCUGCAGCGCUUACUUGCAUGGUCUACUCGCUGGGAAACAUCUCUGGCGCCCACCUCAACCCCGCCGUCACCAUGGCCGUGUCCUUGCGCGGAAAAUGCACUGCGCGUGAUGCGGCUUGCUACAUGCUUUGCCAGCUCUUUGGUGGCCUGCUGGCUGGGAUUACUUCUGCUUUCUUUCACAUGAACUCUGGGCAGGCCAAGAUGUCCAUCUGGCUUCAGCCAGGGAAGCACUACCAGGUAUGGCAAGCAUGCAUGGCAGAAGCACUCUUCACCAUGAUCCUGGCUUAUGUGGUGCUGACCGUGGCCACCACAGACAUCCCGGCAGAGUGGAAGACAAAGCAGAACGCUUACUUUGGCCUUGCUAUCGGCGCAUGUGUGACGGUCGGCGGCUUUGCUUCGUCUGCCAUCUCUGGCGGUGAGCUCAAUCCGGCUGUGUCUUUGGGCAUCUACACAGGCAACCUGGUGAAUCCGGGACACGGAGGGGUCGGUCCAAUCUCGAAUCUUAUCCUCUUCAUGCUCUCCGAGGUGCUGGGUGGUGCCCUGGCUGCCGGUGUCUUCCGUCUCACACACGGUGCUCCCGCUGCAAGCACCCAAACUGGGGCAAAGGAUGCGGAAGCUCCGAGCUCCGAGCCUCAGAAGCCUCCGCCAGGUGACGAGGUGGAGAAAGACCGGAGUGGCGAAGAUUCCACAGGCUGCAUCGUUUGGCCUUCUGCCCACUCGAUGUGCGCACACUUGUGUGCCCACCCAGAGCUGGUGCGCGGCAAGCGGGUCGUGGAACUAGGUGCCGGCACUGGCCUCGUCGGUUUAGUUUGCGCUGCUCUGGGCGCCUCAGAAGUGGUACUGACAGACCUGUCACAGGGACUCCCACUUUUAAAGCGGAAUGUGCAGCUGAACUUGGGGGCACUUGGUGAUUGUGGAGCUGCCACCUCGGUGGCUGAACUGAAGUGGGGCCGAGAGGCUUCUGUGCAAGUUGCGCCCGCGGGCUGUGACAUCGUAAUUGGGUGUGAAGUCAUCUACCAGCAUGACGACGAAACAGCUGCUGCCUUGGUGGAAACCAUGAGGCAUUUGGCUGGCAAGGCCAAUGUGUCGCCAGGACAGCCUGGACUGGUGUAUGCCAUCUACACCUAUGGUGCGGUGGCCAUCAGUAAAACACCUUUGGAAGAUCGUUCCACGCCAAGCGGGAAUUUCCGAGGAGUUCGCUGCUACAGUGAGACGAUCUUGAGCGCCUCAUUGCGACAGACGGAUAUUGCGGCGAUCUUCAUGGGACUCAGUCAUCCACGGGUGCCCACGUUGGCGCUGCAUUGGCAAAAGGAUUCCGAGUAUUGGCCUGGAGCGGGAAGGCCAGACCUGCCCAAGCAUGUCGAUCAGGGCCGGACGGCUAACAUCGCCCUUCAUGACAUGAUGAACUACAUUGAGCGCCUCGCCCAUUUGCAGCUUAAUGGCCAAAAUAUGGCACAGAACAAGCCCUUCAAUUUUGCCCACCACUUCGCCUAUUUGGCUUGGGGAGCCUACGAAAGGCAGAAAUCCUGGGUUACGGGCAAGGAUGAGACAAUGGAGCAGAUCAUCGCCAAGGACGUGCCUGGCUGGAAUCUCGUUGCGCAAACACAGCAGGACACUCUUGAAGCUGUUGACAACAUCUGGCUCGUUCAGAACACACAGAGCCUGGAUUGCGUCAUUGCCUUCGAGGGCACCCACUCGUUUGAGGAAUUCUUUGGCAACUUAAAGGGCCAGGAGAAAAAGUCGGGGUAUUGCGGGCUCCCGGGCGUGCACACGGGCUAUGCCGACAAGUUGUACUGGCUCAUGAAGUACAGCAUGCCCAAGUUGCGCCCGAAUCUUGCCAAGUGCAGCAAGGUGAGUUGCACAGGCCAUUCCCUGGGUGGUUCCUUGUGCGAAGUAUUCGCUGCAUGCGCAAACUCGGGGCAUAUCCACGACGGCCACUACAAGGCUCGGGCGGACAUGUUGCAGUGGGACAGGCAAUGUUUCCUUUGCCGAGCUCGGUAA